GUGGGCCUCUCCCGCCGCCGCCGCCGCGGUCUUUCUCUGUCUCAGCUGAGGCAGCCAUCUUGCUCUUGCCGCGUGCUGGUGUUGGAGGACCCUCCCCGCUGCAGAUUUACCAACAGCAUGAAUCAAGAAAAGUUAGCCAAACUUCAAGCUCAGGUCCGGAUAGGGGGCAAGGGUACAGCUCGCAGGAAGAAGAAGGUGGUACAUAGGACAGCUACUGCUGAUGACAAAAAGCUUCAGAGUUCACUAAAGAAACUGGCUGUGAACAAUAUAGCUGGUAUUGAGGAGGUGAACAUGAUUAAAGACGAUGGCACAGUUAUUCAUUUCAACAAUCCCAAAGUCCAAGCUUCCCUCUCCGCUAACACCUUUGCAAUUACUGGUCAUGCCGAAGCCAAACCAAUUACAGAAAUGCUUCCUGGAAUAUUAAGUCAGCUUGGUGCCGACAGCUUAACGAGCCUUAGAAAGUUAGCUGAACAGUUCCCACGACAAGUAUUGGAUAGUAAAGCACCCAAACCGGAAGACAUCGAUGAAGAGGAUGAUGAUGUUCCAGAUCUUGUAGAAAAUUUUGAUGAAGCGUCGAAAAAUGAAGCUAACUAAAAUCCUCUGGGUUUUGGAUGCUGGCAUGGACUAGAUUUAACAAUC